AUGAAAAUUUUAUUAUUUAUUAAUCAGAAUAACUAUUUUGAAGAAAUUUUAAUAUAAAUAUUGUUUACCCUUUAAGCAACAGGAAUUAGCUUAUAUUUAGACUCACUAAUUUCAAUUAUAUAUAAUUGCAUUUUCAUUAUUGCCUUCAUUAUUUUUGCAUUCUAUUACCCUAAAACAAUAUUAUUUCGAUUUUGGUAUCAUCAUCAUUUUCAUAUUGCUCUGCCUAUAUUAAUUUAAAAUUAAUAAUUGGAUAUUAUCAGCUUAUUUAAUGUACUCCUUAUUAUAACCAUUGCAAUACUACUUUUAUUAUAUACAGAAAAGAUUGGAGAAAUUCAAAUAUAUAAGGCUAUUAAAAUAUUUAAUUAUACUUUUAUCUUAAUAGCAUUUUCAAUACAUCACUUAAACCAUUUUAUAUUCCUCAUCUGUUUACUUGUAUAUGACGUUCUUAUUAUUUUAUAAGUUUUUGGAUUAAUGAUUGUCACAAAUUAAGAAUUUAUCAAAUUUUAAACUUUAACUUUAAUUUCAAUGACUCGUUUGAUUGUUUUUUUAAUGUUAUUCUUAAUUUAAACCAAAGACUUGCUAUUAGUAAUUCCUUUGCUUUUAUUUUUGUAGAUUUAAUUAUUAAAUCGAUACAUUCAUUAUCAAAUCAAGAAUAUAUUAUAAUAGUAACCAUAUAAAUUAAGUUCUAUGAUUUUAUUGCAAUUUACAUAUUAAUUAGGUUUGUAUAUUGGAUUAUUAUAUAUAUCUCAAAUACUAGUAACACAUUCAAAAGAUUGCACUCGUUUAGAUUGUUUUUGCAAUAGAGACAUUUCUAUUAAUUAAUAAGAAACCUGGAAAAGUGCUAAGACAAUGUUAAAAUAAAGUCUUAAUGAGAUUCUCUGUGAAAUUAUAAGAUUAUACAAGUUCUCAUAAAUGGCUGAUUCUGAAGAAUAUGUAAAUAUUCAAAUAAAUUAUCAAGCUUCUUUUAUUAAGUAGAAUUGAGAUUGAAUAUAGAAAUGAUAAACUUUUUGAAACUUUGAUCAGAAGUUCUAAACUAAGUUAAACAACCUUUUAUGGAUAUACAGUAUUUCCUUAUUAGUUUAGAAUAUAGUGUCAUCGUGAUAUCUUUUAUCAUAAAUUAUUAUCUAAAAUUUAAGGAGUUAGACUUAAUAGUUAUAUUUAUUAUACAUAUUGUAACUUAGUUGAAUAAGUAGGAUAAUUGAUUGUGAAAUUGUUGAAUCAAAGAUAAUAGAUUUUAGCAAUGUUUACAAUUUAAUAUUAAAAUCCACUUUAUUAUUUAUUUCAUGAUAGAUUAUUUUAAUAUAUCAGUUAAUACGAAAAAUGUGAUUCUUUAUUACAAAAAAUUCUUUACUUAAAUCCAUAAUCCUUUGUUACAUAGAAUUUAGUUUAAGCUCUUUAUUCAAUGGUUACAUUUCAAGAAGAAAAACUAAAAUAAAUUUAAGUAAAUCAUAAUCUGUUAAGUGUUCAAGUAGAUUCACUUUGGAAAAUUCUAAAUGAUCGUCAAUGUUGUUUUGUAUAAUGCAAAUAUGAAAAAGGACUUGUAAUGUUAAAUCAUUCAGUUCUUUUCACUUAAUUGAUGGAAGGUAAAUCUAAUUAAAUAAUUUUAGAAAAUGGUAUUAAGUCUGACUUUGUUGGACAAUACAUAGACAAAUUAAUAUCAAGUCCAUUUAAAGAAGUUCACUCAAGAUUUAUUAAAAGAUUAAUUGAUGAAGGUAAACCAAGAUUGUUAAACAAUGGAAUAUAAUAGUUUUUCAUAAAUACCAAUAAAGGCUUCAUGAAAUAAAUUGAUAGUUUGGUAAGGCUUGGCUAAAGUAUGGAAUAUUUAACUUUUAUGACAAUUAUGGGAUAUAAAUAAGAAUAAACUUGUGGUAAAAUUUUAUUGAAUAGUUUUGGAACUAUUUAUUCAUAUUCAGAAUUGGCUGUUUAAUAAUUAUAUCUAGAUAAAAUAUUAAAAUUGCAUCACAAAAUUAAUAUUAAUAUGAAAUUGUGCAUACCUAAAUCUUAAAACUUAAAUGAAUUAAAUGAAGGAUUUAUUUUAAUUCCUAAAACUAAUUUUACCAAAAAAGAUGAUAAAGCUAAUACUAUGUAAGCUACUUAAGAUGAAAAAGUAUCAUUUUAUAAAUAUUUUCUCAAAUAUCCAAAAAAAUGCUUUGUGUUUUUUUCUAUAUAUAAAUUUAACAAUACAUCCUAUGAUGAUGACAAUUUGUAAUAUGAAACACUUGAAAUUUAUUAAUCUAAUGAGAUAAAAGAUAUUGAAAUAAAAAUGUUAGCACUUGAAUUAAUGUUAAAAUAAUUUAUGUUUAAUAAUAGUAUUUAAACAGAAGUUUAUGUUACAAGUUAUACUUCAUUCAAAUCAAUAAUACCAGAGAUAAAAAAUUAAAAAUCUCAGAGUCAAUAAAGUCCUUCAUAGGAAUAAGAAAUUGAUGAUAGAGAUUUUAUUAUCAGUAAUGAAAGUAUCCAUAUUUAAUAAGAACCUUAAAAUGUCUAACUGUAUUAAUUUAUAGCUUUAGAUUAAAAUGAAAUACAAGUAGAAAAAAAAAAUAAUUAAGAUAAUCAUUCUUCAAUUAUCGCAAAUUCUUUUUAAACUCAAGACUAUUUACUUUCAAGUAGAAGAUUUAAUGAUCUCAGUAUAAGAGAUUCUAAAAGAGAAAGUUAAUAAUUAAUUCAUCAAAAUUUUGGAAAUCUUUAAAACAUUUCUCAUUAAGAGAAAGUUUUAUAAGGAGACGAAGAAUAUUAAGAGGUUGAUUCACCUGAAGAAACUUAAAUAUAAAUGUAAAUGGAAAUUUCUAUAAAAGAUAUUAAUGAAUAAUAUUUAAUAGGAUAAAUUAAUUGGAUAAGAUCCAUGUUAAAAUUAAAUAAAAAUUAAUUAGAAAAGUAACCUAAAUUUAAAACUAAAACUUAUAAAAAAGGAUCUUUUAAUAAAUUAAUUUUAGAGUAGUAAUCAUAAUCAAUAAAAAGCACAGACUCAUAAAAAGGAAUGAUUAAUCAUGUAAUCAAUGGCAUGAUAUAAUCAAAUUCUCACUAAUUUUAUAGCAUACUUAUAAUUGCACUAUUUUAUAUUAUUCUUCUACUUGUCUUAAUUAUUUUGAGUAUAAUUUAAUUGUAAAAAGGACUUCAUCAUAUUUAUUUAGAUUCUAGUGCAGGAUAAUUUUCAAUUACAUUACUAUAGAAUAUUAAUUUGAUGGAAAUUGCAAUUCAUUUACUUGCAACUAAUUCUACAUUUGGAGCACCACAAUUUUACAUUUAAAACUCUACUGAUGAUUAUAUUCAUUAUGUUCGGACUGUGAAUAAUCGUUAAUACAUAAAUCCUGAAUUUUUAUAAAAGUUAGAAUAUGCACCAAUUAAAAUUAAUCAUACAUUUUCUAAUUAUGGAGUUUAUGAGUAUAUUACAUUUAAUACGAGACGUUAUUUAGUUGAUUCUUUACCUUUAGUAUUUCAUAGAAUAUUAGAAGUUGUUGAAUAUGAAGAAUCUCAUUUUGAUAUCAAACAUAUGGAAGAAAGUUAUUUCACUUUAAAUUAUCCAACAUAUUUUAAUUUAGCUGCUAAUUUAAUUAAUUCUACUGAUAAUGAAAUGAAAUAAACUAAAGAUGCAGCAGUAAAUACAGCUUUAAAUUAUUUAAUUAUAGGCUUAUGCUCUGGUGUAAUUAUUGCAGUAUUUAUUGGCUUAGCUGAAAUAUCAAUUACAAAAUGGAGAGUUUCUAUUGUUAGAACUUAUUUCUUAUUCUAAAAUUUAUAAUCAUCUAUUAUUGAACAAGAAAAUGAAACACUUAAUCUACUUGCUGUUGAUGAAUUAUAACAUAUGAAAUAUAAUAUAAUCAAAUUAGAUAAAUAAUCAUAAUAAGCCUUAAAAAAUGAAUAAAGACUUAUUGAUACAAAAUUAAAAUAAUCUUUUUGGGCUAAAUAAUUAAUUUUAAUUAUUCUCUUAGGAGCUUUAGAAUUGCUAUAUUUUAUUCCAUAUUAUCAAAUAUUUUCAAAUUCUGCAAAUUAAUUAAUUUCAUUUCAUGAAAAUCUCUAUAAGUUAGGUCUUACAUAACUUUCAUUUAGCAAUAGAUUAGUUUAUUUUAUUUAAUAAUAUGCAAAUCCAUAUAAUAAUGUUAAUCCUACUAUUUUUAAUUAAUUUGAAUCUUGGUUUUAAAAUUAUUAAGAUUAAUAUUUAUUUGAACUUCCAUAUGAUGAAGCACAUGAUGUUGCCUCAUUAACAUCUAUUGUAAAUCAUAAUAUUUGUGAAAUGGAGGAAAUUAUUCCUAUGAAUAAACUAGGAUAUUAAUGUCCAUACAUUCUAUAGGAAGGCUAUUCAAAAUUUGUUGUCACAACUGAAAAUUAAUUAAAUGUUAUGCAAUCAGAAUAUUCAAAUUUUUCAUUGGGAAUAUUUCAAAUAAUGAAAGAUAUUGACUUUUUAGAAAUUAUUAUUGCUUAUGGUUUUGUAUUUCCUUAAUUUAAUAAAAAUAGAGAUGAAUUAUUCGGAAUUUAAAAAUAAAAUAAUGAAAAAUCAAAUACAUAAGCAAUAUUAAUGGCUAUUUUAGUUUUGAUUGCUCUAAUUAUUGUCUUUGUUGUCAUAAUUUUUAUAAUUUCUAAAUAAUUUCUAGCAAUUAUCAAAACUGUUAAAUUAACUCUCUUGCUUUUCUCAAAAGAUUAGAUUUCUAAGAAUAAGCAUUUAGUACAAAUUUUGAGUAAAGAAGUAACUUUUGAUUGA